GUCCACGGCGGUCUUAUCCUGUCGUUGACCGAUACGCUUGGCUCCCUCGCCGUCGCAACAAAGGGUCAAUGGAUGACAGGUGUUUCUACCGACAUCGGGACAUCAUUCGUUCGCCCUGGAGGUAAGGUGGGCGACAUACUGCAUGCCAAGGCUGUAUUGACUGGGAUGGGUAUAUCGUUGGCGUAUACCCGCGUAGACUUUACAAACCCUGCAGGAGAAUUGGUUGCGUACGGAUAUCACACAAAAUACGUCGGAAAGUCCUCAUCUCAUGAUGUGAGUUCGUUUUACCCCUCUGUCCUGAUUCUCAUGUGA